AGGAUAUGUCACGACUCACGACGACGGAAACAGUAGUGCUGCCAGUAGAGCUCUCAGAACUCGGGAAAAAAAUGUCAGAGGCCGCCGUGCGUGUGAUCGGCCUAUGGCCGAGCCCGUUCGUGAUCCGCGUCCUGAUCGCCCUGAAGCUGAAGGGCGUCGAGUUCGAGUUCGUGGAGGAGGUGGUGGGCAGGAAGAGCGAGCUGCUGCUGAGGUCGAACCCGGUGCACAAGAAGAUCCCCGUCCUGCUCCACCACGGCAAGCCCAUCUCCGAGUCUCUGAUCAUCGUCCAGUACAUCGACGAGGUCUGGUCCUCCGGCGCGCCGGCCUUCCUCCCCGUCGACGCUCACGCCCGCGCCGUCCAGCGGUUCUGGGCGCAGUACGUCGACGACAAGCUGCCUUGGGCGAUCCGCAUACUGAAGGGAACGGACGACGGGGGCAUGGAGCAGGCGGCGGGGCAGCUGUCCGCGGCCCUGCAGCUCCUAGAGGAGGCUUUCGCGCAGCUCAGCCAGGGGAAGCGCUACUUCGGCGGGGACAGCGUCGGGUACCUGGACAUCGCUCUGGUGUCGCAUGUCGGCUGGGUGAAGGCGGUGGAGAAGAUCGCCGGGGUCACCCUGCUGGACAAGGCCAAGGUCCCGAACCUGGUGGCGUGGGCUGAUCGUCUGUGUGCCCACCCGGCCGUGGUCGACGCCAUCCCUGACGCGGACAAGUUCGUUGAGUUCAGCGUCACCUAUGGCUCCUUCUCCAAGCCUAUCAAUGCUCCCGCCAAGUGAGCAAAAAGGGUCCGUGCAUGCUUCGUCAUUUUCACUUUCACUGCGCCCCUUCCAAGGGGAAUCGACGCAUACACUAGUGGCUCUGUAUUCUUUAGUGCAAAGCUUACUGUUCUGAACUCAGUUGCAGAGUUUCAUUAACUUUUUCAAAUGUGACUAAAGAUAAUAAAGCAAACUGAACUGUUAGUAACC